UAUUUCAGAAACUAUUCGAUGUGGAAUUUAUCCGUUUAUACAGUAUAGAUAACUAAUUUGUAUGGCUGUAGUUUGUAUAGAGUUCAUGAAUCUUUGCUAUAUAAAGCAGUGUUAUUUGAGCAUUUCUUCUUCAAUCCUAAGCAGUAAAAUGAUGGAAGAGCUUGUAAGUUCAGCUUUUGGAUUCUUGAUUGUGAUUGCGUCUAUAUUUUGUUAUUCAUUGAUAUUCAAAAAACCAAGUAAAGAAACGGCCUUGCUACCACCAGGGCCCAGAGGUUUGCCAAUUCUUGGAUAUUUGCCGUUUCUGCGCACAAACUUGCACCAUCAGUUCACAGAAUUGGCUCAUCGCUACGGCCCAAUCUACCGAAUAUGGCUUGGAAAGAAACUAUGUUUAGUUAUCAAUUCACCGAGCCUGAUUAAAGAAGUUGUUCGAGAUCAAGACAUGAUUUUAGCCAACCACGAUGCACCUGUCGCAGGAUUGAUUGCAACUUACGGCGGACUGGAUAUUGUUUGGUCGCCCAAUGGCCCUUACUGGCGUGAUAUGCGUAAAUUAUUUGUACGAGAAUUGCUGAGUAACAAUAAUCUUGAGGCUUCCUACAAACUGCGAAAAGACGAGGUCAGAAAGGCUAUCAGAAAUGUGUACACAAAGAUUGGCACCAGCAUAGAAAUUGGGGAGUUGGCUUUUGUUACUGAAUUCAACGUUGUAUUGAACUUGUUGUGGGGCGGCACAAUUGACGGGGACAAGCGGGAUAAAGUUGGCGCCGAGUUUCAUAAAGUAGCAACAAAAGUUGUUGAUUUGAUUGGAAAACCAAACAUUUCUGAUUUUUUUCCAGUUCUUGCCAGGUUUGACAUUCAAGGAAUAGCAAAAGAAAUGAAGAAUUGUUUGCCACAUAUUGACGGGAUUCUUGAUAACGUCAUAAAUGAACGUAUGAAGAUGGAUUCUGGUGGAGGUGAAGAAGAUAACAGAAAGGACUUCCUGAAAAUUCUUCUAGAGCUAAAGGAGAAGAAUACUUCAAUUAACCUGAUACAAAUAAAGGCCAUAUUGAUGGACAUCGUUGUGGGGGGGACGGACACAACGGCAACACAGUCGAGUGGGUAAUGACAGAGAUUUAGCGGAAUCCAGAUGUAAUGAAAAGGGUGCAACAAGAAAUAACAAAUGUUGUCGGGAUAAACAACUCUGUGGAAGAAUUCCAUGUUGCGAAACUGAAGUAUCUGUAUGCAAUUGUGAAGGAAACGUUCCGCCUACAUCCCCACUUCCCCUCUUGGUCCCAAGAAUUUCGA